AUGCAAAUUAGUCAUCAGAUUGUAUGUAUGCGGAAAUUUGAUUGUAUCGAGAAGCCAUUAUCGCGACUUUUCUACCGAUAUGGCCGGUACGUAGCUCAGCACCCGUUACCUUUCAUUGCUGUACCGAUUUUAAUCACAGCUUUUUGCUCCAUAAGUCUACUUCAUAUCCAUCCUAUCAGUGAUGCUGUUUAUCUUUUUACUCCAUGGAAUGCUGCUAGCAAGUAUGAACGACAAGUUAUUCAUAAUUCUUGGCCUCUACAUUAUCACAAUUAUAUUCCUGGUCGGGCAAUCACUCAGUCUCGAGAGAUUCAAGUAAUCGUGGUGAGUAAAGAUGGUGGCAACAUUUUAGAACGACCUUAUUCAGAAUCCGUACGACGUUUAGAUUUUUUCAUUCAAAAUCGUGUCAAGUUGAUUUACAAGGGUAAAAUAUACAGAUAUCGAGACUUGUGCUUGCAAUGGCGAAGUGACGGCUGUCCCGGAAACAAGCAUAUUCAUAUUGUAAGUGAUCUUUACCAGCAUGGUAUCAAUAUUACUUUCCCAACUGUUCGAUUCGGCACUGUAAGCGGUUACAUUGGUGGCGCACUUGGCGGUGUCUCACUCUUUCACGGACAAAAUAAUAGUAUAUUAUUAGCAGGUGGACUUGCCUGGUUCAUGGUGUAUCACCUCAAGUUUUACCCAAAUAAUGUGAGCUACAUUUCUGGAUUGUGGGAAAAGCGAUUACAAGAGGCUUUAGAAAGUUAUCCAUCUGAUCCAUACAUCACUUUCACGUAUUUCCAUUCACAAACAUUGGCAGAGGAACUGAAACGCAAUGCAGAUUCUCUGAUGCCACGUUUUAUUGCGGCAUUUUCAAUUCUUGUCAUCUUCUCUUCUUUAUGCUCACUAAUUUUUGUUGAUGGAACAUUUUAUGUGGAUUGGGUGCUUUCUAAGCCUAUCCUUUCCUUACUUGGUGUUAUUAAUGCUGGAAUGGGUAUCAUCACUGGUAUCGGUAUUAUCAGUUUUCUGGGUGUGCCAUACAAUGAUAUUGUUGGAGUAAUGCCAUUUCUACUGGUUGCCGUAGGCACCGAUAAUAUGUUCUUGAUGGUUUCCGCGGUACGACAUACGAAUCGAGCCUUUUCCGCGCCUAAACGGAUCGGUGAAGCUAUGAGCGAUGCCGCAAUAUCUAUUCUCAUCACUUCACUUACUGAUGCUUUUUCUUUUGGGGUAGGCGCUAUUACAAGCAUCCCAGCGGUGCAAAUAUUUUGUAUUUAUACGUGUGUGGCAAUAGCAGUGACAUUCAUCUAUCAAAUAUCUUUCUUUUGUGCACUGCUGUCGUUGGCUGCAGAAUGGGAAGCAUCUGGAUUACACUGUAUUUGGUUCAGACCUACUGUCCCAGAUACGUUUAUAAAAUCUAGCUCAUUGGCAUGUCGUUUGUUUUGGUUGGGUUCUAGAGCAGAUCCGGACCCGAAAAAUCUGGAACAAAAUCUUAAAGACACGGGUGCGAAAACGUUCGCUCCAGUACUAAUGAAUCCAGUAGUAAAAGUCUUAGUCAUAAUGUGGUUUAUUAUCUAUAUUUGCAUUUCCGUUUAUGGCUGCGCUCACUUACGUGAAGGCUUGGAACCUGUAAACUUGCUAGUGGAAGAUUCAUAUGCAAUACCGCAUUACCGUUAUUUAGAGAAAUAUUUCUGGAGUUAUGGUACUCCUCUUCAGAUAGUUGUGAAUAACGCGCCAGAUUUGAGAAAGGAAGAAGAAUUGAAACGUGUACAUUCAAUGGUACACACAUUUGCUAACAGCAAAUAUUCGAUUGGAGAUGACAGUGUGCAGUUCUGGCUUAAAGAAAUGGAAAUUUAUUAUACGAAGGAACUGGAGAUGGAUAUUGUAAAAUCUGAGAUAUACGGGAUGGCAGAGCAUUUCUUCUCCGCGAAAUCUCAGGAUAUUUGGAGUGAAGAUGUUGUUUGGGAGAAAGAUUCUCAAGGAUUGUAUAGAAUACGAAGUUUCAGAUUCUUAAUAGGUAUGAAACACAUUUCUAAAACUUUCCACCAGGAAGAAGCAACAAAAGUUUUCCGAGAGAUUGCUCAAAAGUAUCCAGAUUACAAUGUGAGUACAUUUUCCCCACUCUGGCUAUUUACGGAUCAGUAUGCCAUUGUGAUUCCGAAUACCAUACAAAAUAUUAUGAUAGCACUGAUAGUAAUGAUUGUUAUCGCAAUGCUUCUAAUACCACAACCAUUGUGCUCUUUAUGGGUGGCAUUUGCAAUUGCAUCCAUUGACCUUGGGGUCAUUGGUUUUAUGACUCUUUGGAAUGAUGCAAUAUCAAUGAUAACCAUAAUCAUGUCAAUUGGAUUCUCGGUGGAUUACUCAGCACACAUUACUUAUGGCUAUGUGGUUUCCAAUGAAUCUUCUCCAGAACGACGGAUAAGAGCAGCUCUUGGAGCUCUUGGCUGGCCAGUUUCACAAGGAGCAAUGUCUACAAUCUUAGCUGUUGUUGUCCUCGCUGAUAUACCUGCCUACAUGAUUAUUACUUUUUUCAAAACAGUAUUAUUAUCAAUAGUUCUCGGCCUUUUGCAUGGUCUCGUAUUUCUUCCUGUUAUGCUUUCAAUCUUUGUGAGUGGUUCAUGUGUUCUACCUAGUCGUUCAGAAGAGAUACACGAAAAAAUAGAAAAUAGAAAAGAACAAGUACUCAGAACACCAAAUAUUGUUACUUCUGAAUCAAUAGAAGAUACCGAAGAAGUUACCGACACAAUGGUUCAACCAUUUGGUCCCUAUGGGAUUUACCUCUCUCGAAAAAGUGCCCUUCAACGGAGUUGUCCACUACAAAUCAGGUCAACUUGUUCAAAUACCCCACCAACAGCAAAGAAACUUAGCGAAGUUAUUUCAAACCCUUUUUAAUU